CUCAAAGUGUCUGGCAGCAACCUGACGUCAGUUUGCAAGCUGGUGUUUAAGGUGACCCGCCAUGACACUAAUGAUGCCCUCUUCCUGGAAGGAAACCUUCUUGACCUGCUGCUGGAGGCCGUGGCUUGUGUACCACCCCUUGACCAGCCUGAAGCCUGUGUCUAUGGCUACGGUGCCCUCAAAUUCCUCACAAUGAACUCCCAGCUCGUCUCCAGGUUACUCAACAGGGGAAUCUUGGAGCUUCUUGUCCUGCAUAUGAAACUGAUUGUUAGCCAUCAACAAGAGACUGGAAGUGUGCCAGAACAGACCCACUAUGCCUUGGUGCAGCUGACAGGGACACUUCGCCAUGUAAGCAGCUGUGAGAGGACAUUUCCACUCCUGCUGGUGACCGGUGCUGUUCCUCAAGUGUGUGCCCUCCUUGACCACUUCUCUCAUGACCAGGAUGUCACUGCCAACGUCGUCAGGAUACUUAGCAUCAUCUCCACCCACGAGGAGUGCUGUGCUGCUGCCGCUGCCCACCCUGCCACUCUACCUGCUGCGGUGGCUGCCCUUCGCCGCCAUGCCACAUCCCCAGCCAUAGUGGUGAGGUUGGCUUAUGCCCUUGGCAACAUGAUGGCCAACUCUGAUGAUGCUAGAUGGAAGCUGUUCAGCGAAGAUGGGUUCACAGAGACGCUGCUGGAUCUAUUAAUGGAGUACCUGCGACGCGAUCGCCACCACCAGGCUGAAGAGAUCAUAGAUAAUCUCACCCCUGCUAGUGGGACCCCGGAGGAUGUCAUGGUCAAGCUGAUCCGGGUACUGGCCAAUGUAUCGGUGCAUGCACGUGUGGGGCCCGUGCUGGCUCGUUCGAGAACUUGUCUCUCGCUGCUGAUCUCCGUGCUCCAACACAAGGCUGUAGAUGAGAGUGAGGAGCUCGUGUUGUCGGCCCUUGCUACCCUCAAUAAUCUGACCUUCUACACUCGUGACCAGCCCAUCUCUGCCUUGCACACACAGCUAGCAGAGUGUCUGUGCGAGAUGCUGCCCAUGGACCACGUAGAAGGACUAGUGGAGACCAUCCGUGUGUUUGGCAACCUCACACACUUUAGGGACAUCAGAGACAUACUCACCAAGCGUGCUGUAUUGGAAGUUUUGGUGGAGAUGCUCGACUGUGAUUCCCGAGAGUUGGUGUACGUGUGUGCAGGCGUUCUUGUCAACCUUAUGUCAGAUGCUUCCAGAAGAUCAAUAUUUAAGGAUGAAAAUGGAGUUUUGAGAAUGAUCGAUGUUCUUCAGUACUUUGGCUACGGAGACUGGCAGCUGUGUAGCCUGGCAUGUCAGGUGCUCUGGAACUACUGUGCUUCAGCUGCUGAUGUUGAGGAUACGCUGGGACACAAAGAAACUGAAAAACUCAUUUUUGUCUUAGAAGAAUUUUUAGAUGAUGCGUCCUACUUUAACAACCCUGAGGUUUUCGGCGAGUGUGAUCCAGAAACAAAAGACAUUGUCUACCAGCUCUGGGAGGACUUUGCACAUGUUGCUACAAAACUGCUGGAUCGUAUAGAAGAAAAUCCUUCAGCACUCCCAGUCAUUGGACCCUCAUAGUCACUUAAUGGUUGUUCUUGUAAAUAUAAAAUAAAUAUACUGUAUAUAUUCCUGCACUAAAUUGUUUUUUAAAUUAAGAUUAGAAAACUGUUAAAUGUUACUAUGAUUCUGUAUACAAUAUAUUUGGUAAUUUCAACUGUGGGAAACAAUUUUUUAUAUGUAUGCAUUACUUAUCCAGUAGAAAUAUAGAAUAUUAUAUGUUGUCAGAGAGAGAUCACCACAGAUGUUUCUUGAAGAAUUGGAAAUAAAAGUAUGUUGGGAAAAUCUAGUGUGAUAUUUGUUAUAAAAAUGAGACGGCAUGUGUUAUUUAUAAAUAAUAUGAAUACAGUAGUAGAAUGUGUAGCACACACGGGUCCUGUAGUCCAGUACUCAGUACAGUCUUUUCAUAAUGGAAAAGGUCGCAGGUUCGAUUCCUGUGCAUGACUGAGGGAUCUGGCACAUUUCCUUUCAUUUAAUGCCUUUGUUCACCUAGAAGUAAACAGGGGUCCCAGGAAUUGGGGAAAUGCCUUGGGGCUGCAUUCUGGAUAUGAGCAUUCAUUGGUCUAUAGGGACUUUGAUAAGCCUAACAGGGUGCCUAUCUCUGACAAUGAGAAACUGUAGUGUAGAACAAUGAUGAAUAUGUACAGUACUAACAUAAUUAAAUUUAAAAACUAAUAAUUAUUGUUUGCUAAAAAAUCACUUAUAUUAAGUGUAUGUAAACUAGUUCUAGACCACCACAUGCCUGCAAGGUGAUUGCAUACUCUGUAUUAACCUUAAGUUUAUUCAGUAUUGAAAUUAGGCCUAAAGAGGGGGGAAAAUUAACAUGUGCAAAAUGUUUAACUCCAAUAAUAGAACCUAGGUUUCAUACAGAAUCUUUUCCCCUGUGCUUUGGUCACUAAACUCUACACCCAUGCAUUAGAGAACAGUAAUCCAUAUAAUGGUGACUUCUGCAGGCCACUCUGACCCUUAAAUUUGACAAGCACAGUAAAUCCCUAUUAAUUCAGUCUUUGGUAGUAACCAACAAUGAUUUGCAUGUUGGUCAGUAAAGUAAGACCAGUAACUGGAUGGAUGACCAUAUGUACACAGUCUGGCAUUUGACAUGGAAAAUCUCAAGUUCUUUUGCAUGUGCCUGAAGUUAAAUUCCAAAAAAGGGCUCAUGCCAAGCAACUGAUAAGUGUUGAGCACAAUGAAAGUGUGUUAUAAUAUUUCUAAGAUUUUUUUUUGUGAGCAAUGCAAUGGAAUUAAAUUCUCAUCCCAGUUUUUCUCAAGAAGUGUUUGCUCAAAAUAUUUGGGUAGCUGACUACAGUGUUCUUAGGCUUAUAAGUAAUGAUUCAUGACUGCUCAAAUCUUACAUAUAUGAUGGUGCCAGUGCCUUGCAGUUUUAUUUAAUUUCUUCCAUAAGGCAAGCAAGUAGAGACAGUCAAUCAUCAAUUAUAAAAAAGGAGGGACAGAAGACUAUAUUGCACACAUGAAUAUAACAACUUGAAUUUUUACUUGCAUUUGGUCUAAAACUACCACUCCUGUAAGAUACUCUACUUUAGCUUGACCUCAUUUCCUCUACAACACCCAUGUUACGGAGACCUGUGUUGUGCACAAACAUGCUCUAUAGCCAAUGUCUUUUCUGUAACAUAUCAGGAUUAUAUUUUUUGCCAUAGAAAACUAUGCUGGUUCGGACACACUUUGGUGAUAUUGUAGUGUAUUAGAGAAAUUAGGUAAGGCAUCCCUCCCUUCAACGGUGUACAGGAAGACCUUCCCCUCCUACAGGGUAUAGGUGAACCUCUCCUGCAGUACACAGGUGCACUUUCCUUGUUUUCAUGGUGUAUGAACCCAAAGCAUAUUUUAUAUACUGUAUAUAAAGAAAAUUGUAGUAAAAUUAUAUAAAUGGAAUUACUGUAAAUCAUUUUUUUAUAGAUAAAAGAAGACAUGAAUAGAAUAGAGGUUGGUUCAGUAAUAACUAUGUUAGUUGAAGACCCAAAACCAGAAGGAAGUGUGCAGGAGUAGCCUACAUGUGAGAUGAGCAAAUGUGAGGAACUAAUAUAAAUGAUCCUAAAGGGUUGACACUAAUUUGGAAUAGCACUUAACUUUUGUAGAUUAUAUGUUAUUGAACAGUUGCGGUGUUUAAUAUGCUUGCAGUUCGGAGGAAAACAAAAAUUAUGCCAAUACAAAAACCAUGGGAAUGCUAAAUAUGUUAUCUGUCCUCACACUUGAUGCACCACAGUUUUGACACUAUCAGCAUGAAGUUUUUGGCAAUUUAGGGAAAUAAUAGAACUGCAAUAUUUCCACCUUCCUAGACUAAUGAACAUCGGCUGAUAGGUUAGUGGGUUACCUAGGUUCGUAUACUUCUGGUUAGCCAAACCAGGGUCGAAGUAUGAAGAUAAUUUUACCUCUUUCUAUAAAUAUCUACAUUUCUAUAGAUCAAUAAUAUACCACAGUGCAUUAUGCAAGUUAGAGCGAUAUUAAAUAACUCGGCCUUUUAGUUCACUAAUUCAUAUAUCAUUUAUCUGGCACUGUCAUUUAUGAGGUCACUGUCACUGAAUAAUAAAAUAUACAAAUAAUUAUACAACUAUUUGAGGGAAGGAGACGAGGUGGACAAGGAGAAAGGUACACUACAAACUGUUAAAUUCAAUUCCUCUAUGGCAAGCUCUGAUCAUUGAAUUAAUUAUACUUCCAGUAGUGAAAACCCAGAUUUAAGGAGUUUGUUCUUAGUACAGAUGAGGCCCCCCCCCCCCAAAAAAAAAAAAUGAUACCAUUGAAAAAAUGACUGAUCAGAAUAGAUAGAUACCUAACAUUUAGGGAGCAUGACCAAGCAAAUAGUAUCAGCUAGAAAAAUGAUAGGAUGGAUUAUGAGAAUAUUUAAAUCUAGGGAUCCCAUCACAAUGCUCGUACUAUUCAUAUCACUUGUGUUCUCCCGCUUUAGUACUGUUUGAUAGCGGUUUUUCCCUGCAGAGUAGGAGAGAUUGCCGAAAUUGAGGGAACACAGAAAAGAUAUACAGCAUACAUACACACAAUAAAGCACCUAAAUUAUUGGGACUACCUCGAAGAUCUCAAAAUUUACUCCACAGAAAGAAGAAGUGAUCACAUAAUAUAUACAUGGAAAAUACCGGAAGACGAAGUCCUAAAUUUGCAGUGAAAAACAUACUGGAGCAAACAAUAUGCCAGGAAAUGCUGAAUAAAACCAGUGAAGAGUACAGGUGCCGUACACACCAUCAAUGAACACUAUGAGCAUCCACUAUGAACAGUCCAAAGCUGUUCAAUAUCUUAUUCAAUAUUGCUGU